AUGGCACCAGAAUUUGCUCCAACCCGCGCAGUCCUGCACAUCGAGGAUUGCGAUAUUCACUAUUGGUCCCUAGGCAAAGGUCCGCUCAUCGUCUUCAUCCCGGGAGGCAAUGGCCACGGACGGCAAUAUGACACGAUCAUAGCCUCUCUAUCGGAUAGAUAUACAUGCGCCACCCUUGACCGUCGUCAAAUGUCAGCAAGUCAAGCCAAAGUCAACAAGAGGCUCAAUCCUCCACAGCAAGCCCGCGAUAUUCGCGCCAUCAUCGAGGCCCUCGGCUUCGACAAAGCCACUCUUUUCGGGAGUAGUAUGGGCGGUAUCCUUGCAUUUCAGUUCGCCCUCGACUUUCCAGACAUGGUCGAACACGUCAUCUCUCACGAAGCUCCGACCUUCAUGCUUCUCCCCAAUGCCACCGAAGUCUUUGAGUUCUUGUAUAAUUGUCUCGACACAUAUGAGGCUUCAGGCGUCGAUGCUGCGCAGGAAAAGUUCAGCUCUAAGCUGAUCGGCUAUUUCGAUGAAGGUGUUCCUCGCACGGGGCCAUCGGAUCCAAUGAAUCCCCCGAAUCACUGGGCCAACGAGUUUGCCGUCUUGCUGGGCUAUCUGCCGAGUUUGUAUCGCAUCAGGGAGAACGGAACGAGCAUCGGGCUGAUGAGGGGCAUUCGGAGCAGAGAGGCGUGGUAUGCUCAGGCGGUCGACGAGCAGGCCAAGAUUCUGGGGUGUCCGAAGCUUGACGUCGCGGGUGCUCACGAGGGCUUCAGAGUCGAAUGCGAGGCGUUUCUCCCGUACUUUGUCGAGUUGAUGGACAUUCUAGACAAGGCCAAGGGCAAGAGCUCUUGA